AUGAGUGGAAGUGAUAGAAAGCGCUCUUCAAAGUGGGAUUUGAGUGAUGAACCCAAAUUCACAUCCAGUAGCAAGCCAAUACGGUCUGCGCGGUCCUCUGCUGAUGUUGCUGGUAGCAAUAGUUCAAAAUGGGCUUAUUCAGAAGGAAAUGAUAACUUAAGACCUGUUAUGAGAUAUUCAUCGAAGGAAUAUUUUUCUGGAGAUAGAUGUUCAAAUGAGGAAGAUGCUAUGAUUAAAGAUCAUAGAGUGUUGGAUACAAGAAAAUGGGACACUGAUGGAAGUUAUGAGGAAUGGAAACAAAAGAGACACAGUCGUUCUCCUAAAAAUGCUUGGAGCAGAAGCAGUCGGAGCCGUAGCCGUAGCCCUCCUCGUGGUUAUAGGCGGGAUUCGGGAGUUGAUGAUAGAAAAAGGAUGAGGGUUGGAGGAUCAACACGACCAUGCAGAGAUUUUGCUGCUGGUAAUUGCAGAAGAGGCAGUCUUUGCAACUUUGUGCAUCAUGAUGACCAAAAUCAUGAGGAUAGUUGGGAAGGCAGCUGUAGAAUGGGAGCAUCUUGCAAGUAUGUGCAUGAUAACGAUUCUGAUGGAUAUGGUAAAGUUUCUGUGGACGAGUUCACUAGAGAAAGGGAAGAUGGAGGAGCUCCCAGAUAUUUUGCUACCCAUGAGAGAGAGGACCGUCCUCUUAAGAGUGGUAGAUCUAAUGAAGCUUGUAUAAAUUUUGCAAAAGGAGGAAGGUGUAGAAUGGGAACAUCUUGCAAGUUUGUGCAUGAUAAUGACUCUGAUGGAUAUGGCAAAGUAUUUAUGGAUGAAUUCACUAGAGAAAGGGAAAUUGACAGAAGGCACAGAGAUGAUUCUUUUGAACAGAGAGGCGGGCAUGUGCCUAGCCGCACUAGUGAUACGCCUUGCAAAUUUUUUGCUAGUGGAAAUUGUCGAAAUGGUAAAUAUUGUAGGUUUUCUCACGAUAGGCAAGCAUUUAAGAGCCCUAAUAGAAGAUUAAGGGAUGAUAGAUGGGCAAGAAAUCCAGGUGGAGAUCAUCAAAUGGAUAGACGAAAGUUGAGCGAUUCCAUUAGUCCAAAUAGAAGGCUAAGAGAUGAUAGGUGGGGUUCAGAUGGCGACUUGGCUGAUUCAGAUAGAGUUGGGGACAGGCCAAAGCGGAGCGAUAUAAUUUCUGUCUCUGAUACAGCAAAGCUGAUGGAGAAUGAAAGUGGAAAUGUAGGUGCCACAGAGCCAGGAUUUACUGCUUUGCCGAUGACAGAUGAAUGGGGGCAUGGUUUAGAUAAGAGCAGGCUGCAUGGUACACCGCCAAUUUCAAAUGAUAAGAAGGAAGCCAAUCGCUGGCUAGCAGGAAAUACUGGUGCCAACAUGCACGGUUCCCAGUCAUUAGGCACAGCGGACAUUUGGCCAGGUGAUGCAGAAAUGUCUCCUGAUUGGAAUUAUAAGACAGGAUCUUCUAGUCAUAUGGAAGAAGAUGCACAGAAUAAGCGUGGUAUAAGCCAGGAUGAUACGUAUUUAGCCAUCUCUGAACAGGACAGAAUACAACUUGCUCCAGGUCAAAGCAUCAACCAGAAUGCACAGAAUGUAAAUCCCUUGCAUACUUCCAGCAGCCAUGCAGUUGGACAAAGUCAACUAGAUGUUCGUACUUUUCCUUCAAGAGAAGGAACUGUUGAUGCUACCCACAGCCGAGAAGUAUCAUCUACUGAGAAAAAGUACUCCGUGGAACCAAAUCCCUUGCAUACUUCCAGCAGCCAUGCAGUUGGACAAAGUCAACUGGAUGUUCGUACUUUUCCUUCAAGAGAAGGAACUGUUGAUGCUACCCGCAGCCAAGAAGCAUCUACUGAGAAAAAGCACAAUGUGGAACCAAAUAUCAUGGAUUCGGGCUUAUCACAAGUUGGUUCAAUAAAUCCUCCAACUCAAAAUGCGGUAAGCAAUGAACAGCUUGCCCAACUCACGGAUCUAUCAGCCUCUCUGGCUCAUAUCCUUGGAUCAGGUCAGCAGCUGCCGCAGCUAUACGCUGCCUUAAAUUCUCACGAUUUAAAUGACAGUCCUUCCCAAGCAAAUACUCAAGUGCCUGCAAUGCCUGUUUCAAACACAUGCAUAAAGCCGGAUCCUGCUGUUGGGCUCUCAAAGCAGUAUGAUCCAAUGAAUGGUAGUAAUGAGCAAAAGAAUGCUGAUGCAAGUGGAGUGCCGCCAACCAUUCCUCCAAGUAAAAAUAUCGCCAAAGUAGAAAUUCUGCCACAGUUGUCUAAUUUAGGAAAACAAAUUUAUGGUGAUUCUAUUAAGGGUGCCUCCUCAGAACUUAUCAUGAGUGACAAUCUAAUCCGUUUGCAGCCUGGUCAUAACACAGUGGUUUAUAACAAUGAAGAGGUAGCUAAGGAAAGGAAGAAUUCUCAAGAUGAUCUUAAAAGUACAAAAGAGAAUGGUCCACAAAACAUGGACCAAGAUGGUAAAUCUGAUGAUGCCAAACAAACAAAGGAUACGAAAGGGAUUCGUGCAUUUAAAUUUGCACUGGCUGAGUUUGUUAAGGAGCUUUUGAAACCAGCAUGGAAAGAAGGUCAAAUAGAUAAAGAAAAUUAUAAAACAAUUGUCAAGAAAGUUGUUGAAAAAGUAUCGAGUACCAUGCAGGGGGCCAACAUUCCUCAGACUCAAGAGAAAAUUGACCAAUAUUUGUCAUUUUCAAAGCCAAAGGUUAACAAACUUGUACAGGCCUAUGUAGAAAAGGUUCAGAAGGGUUAG